ACUUCUUUGCUUCUUCGUGGUGGUCUUCUCGCCAGAAACGAAGGAUGCCGGGGGCUCAAGAGCAGCGGCGGAGGCCGAUGAAGCCGGCGACGAUCCAUGACUGCGCGCUCUACAAUGAUCUUCUUGGUCUCCGGAGCAAGCUCGAGGAGAACCCCUCUCUCCUCAACGCGCGCAGCGGCUAUAUGAUGCAGACACCUCUUCAUGUAGCAGCUGGGCAUAAUAAUUAUGGAAUUGUCAAGUUUUUGCUUGAGUGGAAGGGUGCUGAAAAAAUUGAGUUGGAGGCAACAAAUACGUUUGAUGAAACACCUCUACACAUGGCGGCAAAAAAUGGCUGCAAUGAAUCAGCAAAAAUACUUAUUGAGCAUGGUGCAUUUCUGGAGGCCAAAGCCAAGAAUGGGAUGACUCCAUUGCAUUUGGCUGCAUGGUAUGCACAUCAAACAGAUAGUUGCGAUACUGUGAGCACUUUGCUAGAGCACAAUGCCAAUUGCAGUGCCACUGAUGAUGACCAGUUGACCCCUCUAGAUCAUAUCAAGAAAGGCCAUAGAAACGAUAAGCUGCUGGCACUUAUACAGUAUCACAUUGACAAGCAAAAAAAGAGGAAAGCCAUGGAGACCUGCAGCAAGGUGAAAGAGAAAAUGGAUGAAUUUGAAGCAGCCAUAUCAGAUAUUGUGGGGUUGCAGGAACUCAAAAUGCAGUUGCGUCGAUGGGCCAGGGGAAUGUUGUUUGAUGAAAAACGGAGGACUCUGGGUUUGAGCAUUUCUGCAAGAAGGCCUCCACACAUGGCGUUCAUGGGUAACCCUGGCACAGGGAAGACAAUGGUUGCCCGAGCAUUGGGCAAACUUCUCCAUAUGGUUGGCAUUUUACCCAGUGAUAAGGUAACAGAAGUGCAACGAACUGACCUGGUUGGAGAGUUUGUAGGACAUACCGGACCAAAGACGAGGAAAAAGAUUAUGGAAGCAGAUGGAGGAAUUCUUUUUGUAGAUGAAGCCUAUAGGUUGAUACCAAUGCAGAAAUCAGAUGACAAGGACUAUGGACUAGAGGCAUUAGAAGAGAUAAUGUCAGUAAUGGACAGUGGAAGGAUAGUCGUUAUUUUUGCUGGAUAUCGUGAGCCAAUGAAACGGGUGAUCGAAUCCAAUGAAGGAUUCUGUAGAAGGGUAACAAAGUUCUUCUACUUUGAUGACUUCACUACAACUGAACUCGCUCAGAUCUUACACAUAAAGAUGACCGAUGUUGAUGAGAAAAGUACACUUUAUGGGUUCAAGUUACACCCAUCUUGUACACUUGAGGCUGUUGCUGAACUGAUCAACAGGGAGACCACAGAGGAACUUCGAAAGCAGAUGAAUGGGGGUUUGAUUGAACCUUUGCUCAUGAAUGCUCGAGAGAACUUGGACCUCAGGCUUGAUUUCGACUGCACAGAUGCUGACGAACUAAUUACUAUUACCAUGGAGGACCUGAAAACCGGGCUUCGGUUGCUCUUGCAGUGAGGAGUUGUGUUACUUAGCAUAGCCAGGGUGGUUGUAUGCAGUUGGUGAUCCAGUUCUGAUAGCCUUCUAGUCAUAUGGAAAAAGUUGGAAGCUGAUACUCCCAAUAUUGAUUGAUUCUUUACACCAAAAGUAAUAAAAAUUAUUUGCAUCGAGCAACAUAAAUAGGAAAAUUUAGUAUUUUUUUUUUUCUGUUAACCUGUUCUGUAGCUUUAGUCAAAGAAGAAAAUUUAUUAGAAUUGAUUAUGCUCUCUAUCCUCUUUUCUUUUUUUUUUUUUACCUGUUGUUAUGGAACUUUCAUAUGGAUGUACAUGUCCAUGCCAAUACUUAUUUUUUGCACAAUAAAACACUUGGCGAGAAUUUGAUGUC